AUGAGACCAAAAGAGUCAGAUGUGUAUAAGAGGAUUCGUUUGUUAGGAUAAGGAUCGUUUGGGAAGGCUUAUCUUUGUGAAUGUUUGAAAGAUCACUCUUUGUGCGUGAUUAAGCAAAUGGACAUGAGAUACUUAAACGAUUAAGAGAAAAAAGUAAUUUAUUUAGCUAAAUAAAACAGGAAACAUACAGAGAAUUCAGAAUAAUGUCUGAAUUGAAGCAUCCAAAUAUAAUAAAUUUUAGAGAGGUUUAUAAGACAGUAAAGGGGAAAUUAUGUAUAGUGAUGGAUUAUGCUGAAGGUAAUCAUCUACGAAUUAAGAAUAGGUGGUGAUUUGGCUUAGGUCUUAAAGAAUACAGAUGGUUAUGUAGCCGAGUCUAGGAUUUUGGACUGGUUUACUUAAAUGUGUCUAGCAAUAAAACAUUGUCAUGAUCGUAAAAUAAUUCAUCGAGACAUAAAAACUUAAAAUAUGUUCCUGACAAAAGACAUGAGAAUACGAUUGGGAGAUUUUGGAAUAGCUCGAUUAUUGAACAACACAAGAGACAAAGCAAAAACAAUGGUGGGUACUCCUUAUUACUUGGCUCCUGAAUUGUUGGAAAACAAGCCAUAUAGUUUUAAGGGGGACAUAUGGUCACUUGGAGUAAUUCUCUAUGAAGUAAUGGAAUGAGUAUUACAAAUUAGAUGUGUGCCAAGACUCCGCCCUUUACUGCUGAAUCGCUGGCCUAAUUAGCUCUAAAAAUAGUGCGUGGUCAAUUUUAAGCCAUUCCAAACAUUUACUCCUCCCAAUUGAGAACGUAAAACUAAUCUUAUAAUUAAACAAAGAUAGCCUUGUGAAUUAGCUUCUUACAGUAAAUCCUGAAAAACGACCAGCAGUUCAUUAAAUUCUCAAGAUGCCCAUUAUCACAAAUCGAAUUAAGAAUUUCCUAUCAGAGACUAUGAAAAGAAGUGAAUUCGAUCAUACAAUAUUACACAACCAGCAGAUUCAUUUGUCUGAUACAACUAUCCCCUUGAUUGAUGAUCAGGAUGCAAAAGGGGAUGUAACAGAGCAAACCUCAAAAGAGAAUCACAUGAAGUAAUUGCCUGGAAUUAGGAGUCCUCCUAUUAAUUUAUAGAAACAAAGAAAGAAUAGUGAUCUAAAGAAAUUGCCUGAAAUUAAAUUAUCCAAACCUGAGAGACCACCAAUUACAAGGUAACAAACCAGUAGACAAUAACUAAAUCAACUUCCAAAUUAAAGAGCUUUGCCAUCCACUCCAGAAUUAGGCAUCCACAGUAAACAAAAAAAUGGUCGCUUUAUUACUAAAGAAAGUCCAGAUUCUUAUUAGGGUUCUGAUUAAGUGAUAGAGGACGGAACCAAAAACAGUGAGCAAGAGAGUCCCAAAUUCUUUAAGAAACAUUUUGAGAUUAAACCUCAUAUCAAAAAUUUAAAGGGUCUAACCAAAUUAGAUUAAAUUCAGAAGAUCAAAUUGGGAUUGAAAUCAGAGGAUGACUGCAAAAAACCUAUUUAUAGAGUUCAUGCAUAACCUAAAAUGUUUGAAUAGAAGAAAUAGUAGGAACGCAAGGUUUCUGAAGAAAUUGUUUCGAGUCACAAAAAACAAGAGGAACAAAUAUUAAAUUAAUAGAGUCAUUUAGAAAAAAUCUCGGAAACUCCAGAAUAAAAAUUACUAAAUUAAUCAACCAUUAGUGAUUUUCAAAAUUCAGAAGAAAACUAGGAUAAUCACAAAAAAUAAAGUAUUCUUACACCUGCUUUUGAAAUUCAUAAGGAAUAAUAAUUUCAAGUACUUGAUAUUAUUUAAAAGAAACCAGUGAAAAUAAUUAAAGAGUCAAUAUCUAAAACUGAUGAAGAGAAAAAUAAGAAAAAGAUUUACAAAAUCAUUUAUAAAGAUCCUUUUUAAAAAAAGCCUGCCCAGAAACGUAAUAGUGAAGAAGACAUGAAAGAAAUGAUAAAUGAACUGAAAAAUGUUCUUGUAAUUAAAUUAAAUAUAUCAAUUAGUCUGAUUAAUAAAAAAAAUUAGAAGAGCCAAAUCUACAAAAUGAAAUUGAUUCUGAAGAUUCUAGAAUCUAUUCAGAGGAAUCAAGUGAAGAUCUUAGAGAUGAUGCUGAUACCUUACCACCAUAAACAUAAGUUAAUACGUGGAUGUAAAGUAAUUCAGAGGCAGUCAAUAUAUCCAAAUCAUAGCCAGAACCAAGAAGAAAAAUUAACAGCAAUUAAACAAGUCUCAAAGAUAAAUUGGUUGUUGAAUUGGGACAAAAUUUUGAAUAAUUGUUUAGAUUAGCUAAAUUAUGUUCGCAUUAAGAGGACUUGGGAAAAUAACAUAUCAAAAUGGCUAUUAUGGAUAAUCUUAGAAUAGAUGAAAAUAGGGCAGAGAUCUGUGCCACUCUCUUGGUUACAUUAGCCACAAUUGGUUACUGA